UAAAUUUUGUGCUGUUAUUGCGCCUUGAAAUCGAAUCGAUUUCUUUUACAAUAAUUAUUCUUAGUAAUUAGUUAAUCAAUUCAUCUGUAAUGUCGGAAUGUGACAUUCAUUUGAACAAUCUAGGUAAUUUUUACCCGGGAAGUGCUGUUGAAGGAAAAGUCGUGUGUAAUUUCACAUCAGAUACAAAAGUUAGAGAAAUAACAUGCCGAAUAAAAGGAAAAGAAAGAACUGUUAUUAAAAAUGGGAAACAAACACUUGUAGGUAGGAAUACAUUUUUCGAUCAAAUUCAAAUCCUAAUCGGGGAAGGUACACUACCAGCAGGAUACCACGAAUUUAAUUUUUCCUUCAUCUUACCUUUACAUAUACCACCCUGUAUAUCAAAAGAGCCCUCUUGGACAGAAUCAACUAAAGGGCGAAUUUAUUAUACCGUCAAAGCUGUUGUGAAUAGACCAUAUAAUUUCGAUUACACAAAAAAAAUUAAUAUUAUAGUGCAACCUCUACAGGUCGAUUUUAAUACGAUACCACAAAAACUAAGAAUGACUCCAGUUGAAUAUAAAAACGAAAAAACGGUAUGUUGCUGUUGUUGUACGAGCGGGCCCAUAACUCUGACUAUGUGUCUCGAAAAAGAAGCUUUUGUAUUAGGCGAAGUCGCCAGAGUCUUAGUAAAGAUAGUUAAUUUAUCCAAAACGAGCGUCCAGGAAUUGGAGUUAACAUUAAAAGACCGAUUCGAUUUCUAUCCGAGAGAAAACGCAAAAAUAAUCAGGACAAAGAAAGAAGUGCUGGCCAUCGAAAAGGUCCCGGGCGUGGCCCCUCACGGUCGCAGGAUCUACAGGAUUAAUCUACUCAUACCGCCCAAUAUUAACAUAACAACUUUGGAAUACGCUACACUAAUUAAACAACGAUUCGUACUUAAAGCGAAAGCCGUGCUUCCCAAAUGCCACCGGAAUUUUGCAACGAGUACUUCACUGACUUUGGGUCACGUCCCGUUAUACGAUUCGCGCUCUUUCCAGCAGGAUCGCACUUACAACGUAGGAGUUGAAAUUGAAGAUUCCGAAUUGCCUCUCGUUUCCACUAACACCUGCGUUUUAUUUUAAACUCUCUAUUUUCUCUUAAUUCACUUAAAUGCGCUACGAAUACUUAAAUACUUAAACGCUACGAAUUAUAUUUUUAUUUAAUAAAAUUUCUAUGAAUAUUA